UUUAUCAACUUUUCAUGUCCCUGCAGUCUCCAAGCACUGCACCACAAGCUCAUAGCUACUGAAGCUUCUCAAGGAGAGUCAAAUCUCGAAACUGGAGAUAGCUUUUGGCAUUCUGAUGAUGAAAUUGUAAAUGCUGUUUGGACUCUUGUCCGCGUGUCUGCUUCAGAUGAGGCAGAUAGUAUGAGAUUGUUGGCGUCGGAUUUUCUUUCCAGGGUUGGUAUUGGGGACCCCCACACCGUUGUUUUCCAUCUUCCUGGGGAGUUGGGAUCCAUGAAUGAUCUUCAAUUUGUUAGCCAUAAUAAAGGAUCAAAAGUUAGUUCUUUUACUGAGAAUGGCGUAUCCGAUGAAACCCUUAUUUCGCUGUUAAAGAUUCUGAAGAAGUAUCUUUUGGAUGACUCUGUAAAGAUCAUUGACGUAACGUCUCAAACCCUUCGGGGAAUUCUUUCCACUGAAAGGGGGCAGCAAGCAUUAUCUUCUAUCGAUUCGUGUGAGAGAUCUUUGAUUGAG